GGCGGUUUGAGGUUUUAUAUGUGUUGCAGUUCUCUGUUAGAUAAUUCACAUCUGGCCUUGGUAGACAUCGUUAUCCGCAGGUCGUAGGUGUCUAGGCGACGGUGCUAAUUAAUGGCUUUCAAAUAAACGACUCACAUUAAGAAAUGUGUUAUCUCUCACCAUGGCCACCACCUGAAUAGUACGUUAUUUGUCAUUUCAUCAUGUUAAGUAAACAAUACAGAUCAAUCGGUUUUGCGAUGAAAUUUGCCUUUUGGGUGUGUGGUUUGCUCUUCACAUUUUCACUAUGUUAGGAAAACAGCUAUAAUCCAACCAGAUUAAAUGGAUUUCUUCUUGGGGCUACGAACAUAAAUAUAGAAUAUUCCGCGCCAAAGUUCUCCCGCCAGUUAUGUGUGAAAUCAGCUGAUGCGUAAUAUGAAGAACGGACUGGAGCAUAAUUUGAAGUACAGAAAUAAGCAACAUGCAACUAUAACAAAGUAUUCAAUGACAGAUGUACUGCCUGUACACGGAAGAGUAAAUACGGGUGUUUAAUGAAUAUAAAUUACGAUUAGAAUGUAUUUACAUUCCACCGAUAUCGUUUAGGUCCAAGCAAAGGACGCAGAGAAAAUAUUUAAAAUACUCGUAUAUAGUGUGUUGUUACCGUUGUUUACGUACAUUUGUAACAGGCUUUCCCAGUGUGCAGUUGCUUUUAAUGAGCAGAAAUCAUUGCUAAGAUGAGUGACAGUGAUCCUGUUUCUGCUCCAGUGAGAUGGGAAAAGCGGAAGAGACAGGAUAGUGACACUGGUAGUGAAAACAGUUUUAUGUUGUCCGAGGGGCACAAGGAAACAGCAGUAAAGAUAACAGCAAAACUACAACACGUGGACUCUGAUUCUGAAGAGGAUAAUGAACUUCAACCAGCAAAGAAAAGACAGACAUUUCUACAUGAUAAACAAGACUCCAGUAACAGUCAGUUUAAGCCUGGAAGCAUAAAAGCUGAGCCAGGCAAAAAAGUUAAUGAUGUCUUUAUUAACAAACAUAAAGAAAAUAAGAAUACUGUGGGAAAAAAGGUAGAACACAGUGGAUAUGACAAGUCUGAUAUUAGUGAUGAUGAGAAAGAGGAAGAUAGUACAAAGCCAUUAGGAAUGAAUUAUAUGCCAGAAAGGGAGAACCUGCAGGAUGAGAAUUGUGGUUCAGCUGAUUCAGGUGAUCCAGUUAAUUCCAUUGGUGAUGACAUGAAAGGUAAGUCACGUAUGAAAUGGGAGACGAGAGAAUCUGAAAAUGUUUCUGAGGAUGAAAAUUCUAUAAAAUCGUCAGCAUUGAAGCAGAGUGUGCAAAUUCUCUGCAAAAAGUACAUAGAAGUACGAAAAUCCCCACAGAAUAAGUCUAAACCCAAACAACAACUUACAAGUUCAGACACAGAUAAUGAAAAAUCACCGAAUAUUUUGAAAUAUGCACUAGAAUCAGAUCAGGAUUUCAAAUCUUCCAACCAGUGUGAAUCAUUAAAGAUGCAAAAGAAGAUUGUAACUGCAGUAGAAAAUAGAAAAGGAAAGAAUUCUGAUUCAGACUGUGAUGGGGAGAAAUCACUGAAAGUGGCAUCUGUCAAAACUGCUAAGCACGAGGAUAGUUCUGAUGCUUCCAGCAGAGAGAGCAGCAAUGAUAAGCAACAGAAUACUAAGUCAAAGGCUAAAGAUGGAAGAGAAAAGACUUCUAAUUCUCACUCAGAGGAAGAGAAGGCACUGAAUACUACAGUGACGAAAAGUGCUGACCAAAGUGGCAUUUCACAUGAUUCGGGCAAAGAAGGGAAAACAGAGAAACAAGAAAUGCCCAGAACAAAAAAGAGAGCCAGAAUAGAAAUAGAUUCUGAUUCAGAUGAAGUUGAAGGUAAACUAUUAAAGACUGUUCCAAAGACAGCUGCUAAAAAAGAUUUUUCAUGUGGCCCUGACAGGGAAGGCCAAAGAAAAAAACAACAGAGGGCUAAGACAACAGGAACCAGUGGAAGCCAAAGGGAUUCUGAAGAGAAAAUGUCACGGAAAGAUGUACUGAAGAAAACUGCAGAAGAAGGUAGCAGUUCAGGUAAUUCUGACAGAGAAGACAAUGAAAGAAAGCCACAAAAGCAAAGGGUGAAAGUGAAAGCUAGACAGAGAAAAGAUUCAUAUUCAGAAUCAAACUCUGAAGAAGAGAAGCCAUUGAAGACUCUGUCGAAGAAGAUUACAGAAGAAGAAGAAGAAGAAGAAGAUGGCUCAAGUGACUGUGAGAGAAAAGGUGGCAAAAGAAAGCAACAAAAUCAGAAGGUGAAAGUGAGAGCUAGAAGGAGAAAUGUUUCAGAUUCAGAAUCAGACUCUGGAGAAGAGAAGCCAUUGAAGACCCUGUCGAAGAGGACUACAGAAGAAGAAGAAGAAGAAGAAGAUGGCUCAAGUGACUGUGAGAGAAAAGGUGGCAAAAGAAAGCAACAAAAUCAGAAGGUGAAAGUGAGAGCUAGAAGGAGAAAUGUUUCAGAUUCAGAAUCAGACUCUGGAGAAGAGAAGCCAUUGAAGACCCUGUCGAAGAGGACUACAGAAGAAGAAGAAGAAGAAGAAGAUGGCUCAAGUGACUGUGAGAGAAAAGGUGGCAAAAGAAAGCAACAAAAUCAGAAGGUGAAAGUGAGAGCUAGAAGGAGAAAUGUUUCAGAUUCAGAAUCAGACUCUGGAGAAGAGAAGCCAUUGAAGACCCUGUCGAAGAGGACUACAGAAGAAGAAGAAGAAGAAGAAGAUGGCUCAAGUGACUGUGAGAGAAAAGGUGGCAAAAGAAAGCAACAAAAUCAGAAGGUGAAAGUGAGAGCUAGAAGGAGAAAUGUUUCAGAUUCAGAAUCAGACUCUGGAGAAGAGAAGCCAUUGAAGACCCUGUCGAAGAGGACUACAGAAGAAGAAGAAGAAGAAGAAGAUGGCUCAAGUGACUGUGAGAGAAAAGGUGGCAAAAGAAAGCAACAAAAUCAGAAGGUGAAAGUGAGAGCUAGAAGGAGAAAUGUUUCAGAUUCAGAAUCAGACUCUGGAGAAGAGAAGCCAUUGAAGACCCUGUCGAAGAGGACUACAGAAGAAGAAGAAGAAGAAGAAGAUGGCUCAAGUGACUGUGAGAGAAAAGGUGGCAAAAGAAAGCAACAAAAUCAGAAGGUGAAAGUGAGAGCUAGAAGGAGAAAUGUUUCAGAUUCAGAAUCAGACUCUGGAGAAGAGAAGCCAUUGAAGACCCUGUCGAAGAGGACUACAGAAGAAGAAGAAGAAGAAGAAGAAGAUGGCUCAAGUGACUGUGAGAGAAAAGGUGGCAAAAGAAAGCAACAAAAUCAGAAGGUGAAAGUGAGAGCUAGAAGGAGAAAUGUUUCAGAUUCAGAAUCGGACUCUGAAGAAGAAAAGCCACUGAAGACUGCAUCUAAGAAGGCUACAAAAGUAGGAGGGAGAGAAGACAACAAAAGAGAGCAACAAAAGCAGAAGGAAAAAGUGAAAAGUAGAAGAACAAAGGAUUCCAAUUCAGAAUUAGACUCUGAAGCAUGGAAGCCACUGAAGAAGGCUAUCAGGCAAAGAGAUUGUGAAAAUUAUGUCAAUAGAGAAGGUAGCAAACAGAAGCAAGAGAAUGUUAUAGAACAGAUAAAGAGCAGAAAAGGAAGGGUUUCUGGUUCUGAUGAAGAAAAAUCAACAGAGGAUUUAAUGAAAGAGGAAUUGAAAAAAACAUGGGGAUCUGAAAGCAAUCCUAAGAAGGAUUCUAAAUUAAUUAAAUCAAAACUAAAAAGACAGGACCAAGAAACAAUGCACAGUUCUGAUUCCGAUAACAGUGGACAACUGAAAGCAUCAGGAGAAAAGAAAUCUCAGUUGAGAGAACAAGGCAAGGAGACCUCUAGAAACGAGUCUGAUUCAGACAUGGCAUAUGAAAAACCUCUGAAAAAUUCUAAGAAGAAAACUCGUAACAACUAUUGUACUUCUGACAUAAUUAUCGAUGAGUUAGGAAUAAAACAGAAGCCACAAGACAUCAACAAAAAAGCAGAAAUAGAAAGAAAACAACAUGUUUCAUCAGACUGCAUUGCAGAAUUAGAUGUAUCAGGAGAAAGUAGAAAAUCACAAAGACCUGCUAAAAAUGAACACCGUGGAUCAGAUUCUGAUACUGACUCGGAUAUAUUCACAAAGAGGGACAGUGCAGCAAAUGUGAGAACUGCUGUUGCUGCGAAAGGUAUGACAGGGAAGCAUACUGCAGAAAAUUCCACUGAUUCUUCAGAUGUUGCUGAAGACAAUUCUAAGAAAAGAAGUAGCAACACAAAGAAUUCUUGUCACUCCAUGAGUUCAACAGACUCUGAAGACAGCAGUACGAAAACCAAAACAAAGAAGACAGAAGCAUUUAAAAAGGCAUCCGCAAUUCAGAGAGGGAACAGAUCUUCUGAUUCCAAUUCAGACAGUUCAGUUUCUGAUGAUGAGAAAUCCAAAAAAGAUAAAAAGAAGGAAGGAAAGAAUGUUGCUCCAGAAAACAAGCGGAUCACCUCCCUGAAGCGAUACCUACGUCUUGCUGGAAUACACACUAUAAAGUAUUCUAAAGUUUUACAGAAUUGUCGCAGCAACAAAGCAAAGAUAGAAGCUCUUCUUGAUUUGUUAAGGAUAGAAGGACUUAAAGGUAAUCCUAGCAUACAAAAAUGUAAACGUCUCCGCAAGAAGAUUGAAGCUAGACGUGAGGUGCAGGAGUUAGAUGUGGGCAAUAUAAUGGAAGAAAAAGGGAGGCUGCAGCGAUCCAACCGAUCUUGUUAUACUGAGAAUUAUAGUGAGGGCUACAAACGUGAUGCUGAAGAGAAAGCUGCCUCAAUCAAACAGAAGUUCUCUCGGAUACGUGACAUUAUUGACAGUGAUUCAGACUGAAAGUGGCUUCAAAAUAAUAAGAUUUCUCAAGACUGUGUGUGUAUAGUUAUCUGGCUUGUUGAGAGUACAAAAGAUAUUUAUAUAUAUUUCCAGAUAAACAAUGAAUAAUCUUCCACUUGUAUGCUGCUGCUAUCAAGAGCAAUGUUAAGAGGAAAAAUAGAUUUUGUAUAGUGUGUCUUAAUGAGUGUAUUUGCCCUGUCAAACAAGAAGUCUAAAGAUAUGUUUUAGGUAUUAGAUUAAUCAAUUAAGCACUAUGCCAUGAAGAUGUAUAGGGAAGAAUGGAGAAGUAUAGCCCCACUAUUCUUGACAUUGGCGCUAGAUAGGGCCCUACUGCUUUACCCAGCGGUAAACAAUCCUGGUACCCAUUCUAUAGAAGGCUCGGUGCCCCCCAAAGCUGGUCUUGAUAUUAUGGAGAAGAGAAAAAUCUAUUGCUCCUGCCAAGAAUCAAACACCGACUCCUUGACCACCAGCCUGUAUCCUAGUUGCUCUACUGAAUAACCUGUUGAGAUAAUGCACAACUCUAACAUAAUUAAGCAUAAAAUUACAUGAAGAUAACUGCAAGUGUUCUGUAGUGAUAUUGUUUCAUUCUGCUA